AAGGACUGGCAGAGGGUAAGAAGUGCCUUUCAAAAGAAACUAAUGAAACCCGCGGAAGUUGUGAAGCUGGAUGCCACAAUCAAUGAGGUCCUGGAGGACUUCAUGUAUAGAAUAGAUGAUCUCUGCAACCACAGUGGGCAAAUUGAAGAUGUAUAUUCAGAAUUCAACAAAUGGUCAUUUGAAAGUAUCUGCCUGGUGCUGUAUGGGAAAAGGUUUGGUCUCCUGCAACAUGAUGUAGAAGAAGAAGGCUUGAACUUCAUCAAGGCUGUAAAAACGAUGAUGGCUUCUUUUGGAAUGAUGAUGGUGACCCCAGUGGAGCUUCACAAGGGUUUGAACACAAAAGUCUGGCAAGCCCAUACUAAAGCAUGGGAUAAUAUAUUUAAAACAGCCAAGCGUUCAAUUGACAGUCGACUGGAAAAACAUUCUGCAAACCCUCACGAGGAUUUCCUGUGUGACAUCUAUUCCGGAGGACAACUUUCCAAGAAAGAGCUAUAUGCUGCCAUUGCAGAGCUCCAGAUUGCGGGAGUUGAAACGACUGCCAAUAGUUUACUGUGGGCUUUGUAUAACAUUUCACGCAAUCCACAUGUUCAGCAGAAACUUCUUACAGAAAUACAGAGCGUUUUGGCUGCUAAUGAGAGUCCGAGUGCUGAGAACUUGAAGAAAAUGCCUUACCUAAAAGCAUGUCUGAAAGAAUCCAUGAGAUUAACACCAUCUGUGCCAUUUACCACUCGCACUAUUGAUAAAGAAAUGGUUCUGGGAGAUUAUGUACUACCCAAAGGGACAGUACUAAUGAUAAAUACACAUGCCCUGGGUUGUAAUGAAGAGUACUUUAAUGGCUGGACUGAAUUUAAACCAGAGCGCUGGCUUCAGAAGAAUUUAAUAAAUCCUUUUACUCAUGUUCCAUUUGGCAUUGGGAAGAGGAUGUGCAUCGGACGUCGCUUAGCAGAGCUACAACUUCAUUUAGCUCUCUGCUGGCUCAUUCGCAAAUACCAAAUUGUAGCAACUGACAGCAAGCCAGUAGAAACACUCCAUUCGGGAAUACUGAUUCCCAACCGGGAGCUUCCCAUUGCAUUUCAAAGACGAUAAGGUCAUAGAAGACCAAUGGCAAUCCUACUGCUUCCUUUACUGAAGACAACAUAUACCCACUGGGAAAGCUAAAACCUAUGGUAGCCAGUGGACAAACUGCAGUGACUGGUCAAGGGAUAUCCAUUGCAAGAGACCGAAACAGUGUCAACAAAAGCUCCCCUAGUACUUCUUUCACAAAUCUGUUAGUUAAUUCAGCUUUACUUAGCAAUGUCAAAAGGACAGAAAAAAUACCAUGCAUGUUCAUAUAUACCUGUGCAAAUACAAUGACUUAGUGCAGCCAUGGGAUUCUGCAGGAUAAAGUUUGGUAAUGAGCUGUGGGGUGGUUAUAUAUAGCCCUUAUUAGCACACAGUGAAACUAUUACAGCUGCAAGCUGUUCAAAAGGCUAGCUGAAAAGAGGUGGUUUCAAGUUUGGGGGUGUCACAUAGGACACCUGGAGGAACAACAGGCAGGACUGAAUUGGUCCUGUUAAGUCAGUUGAAGUGCUUUGAGAAGUCAGCUGAAGGGAAAAGAAAAUUGCUGAAUGCUUAUCAGACUACUAGUGUCAUGAAUUAAACUGAGAAUUAGGCUGCCAGCCUGUAAUAAGGCUAACAGGGCUU